CCCAGGUGCAGAUUGAAGGAGAUUUCCUUCCUUGCUCUUUCUCCAUUUUGGAGGAUCAACCUAUGGACAUGCUGCUAGGACUCGACAUGCUAAAGAGACACCAGUGUUCCAUCGAUUUAAAGAAAAAUGUCCUCCUGAUUGGGACGACGGGGACGGAGACAUGUUUUCUCCCUGAGGCAGAGCUGCCCGACUGUGCCCGGCUGGCAUAUGGGCCAGACGGACGAGACGAAGCCCGACCUGAGGAGAUUGCAGACAGAGAGCUGGCAGAAGCAAUACAAAGAUCUGUGCAAGACAGUGCAGGACAGCACUGAUGUCAUAUGGACAGACAGCCGGAGAGGGCUCUACCCACCAGAUAUUGAAGACGGAAAAACUACCUCACCACAAUCCCUGCCAUUUAAACAUCCCCUCAACACACCUGCAAGUACUUCAGCGUCAAGUCACCCUAGUCUUAUCCUAGACCGUUCCAAGUCGGUCCCAGUCUCUAUUAACCAGGGACCGUCCCCAAUCAAUACUCCCACACCUGAAUCAAUUGAAUCUUCUCUUCAGCCCUUGAAAGUGGGUGAACCCUCUUCAGAUCCCCCUGAUGCCACCUUCAGACCUCGGUCCCAGGGACUAGCUGAUUCCACAUCAUCUUGCUUUAAGAAAGAUGCAGAUGCUCCUGUCACAAGCACUCUUCCCUCUCAGGAACCAUUUACCAAUACUGUGUCAGAGAACAACGAAGCGACAUGCAGCGUUAUUUCAGUAGAUUCUAUAGAUAUGGGGAAGAAUAGCACUUCCUCUGUAUUAGCAGAAUCUCUUACUCUUUUUAACCCAAGCUCACAGACACAGGAUCAGGAAGUGGACAUGGACGUUACCACAAAUGCAGAAUCUCAAAUCAAAUUAGAAACUGCCCGUGACUUCACUCAUCAGCUUCAGAGAGAGGAAGAUAUGGAAGAUGUUUCAGGGGCUCAACCACAACUCAUGCAUGUUCCAGAUAUGAACCUUCAACCCUGUCAUUCUAAACUAGCAACCUCUUCUGAGCACGCUCCUGUCCAUUCAGACUCUGGAAAGAGUACAGAGAGUGGGCUAGUCCUUGAAAUAGACCAGCGGGAGGCGGAUAGCAACCCAUCCCUGGCUCAGGCUCUUAAGGAGCUCCAUAAUCUUUUGAUGUCUAACAGUAGCCCUCAAGGUUGUGGAAGGAGCCCGCUGUCGGAUCUUAAUACUCCAACACCUAGACAGGAUGCUGACGAGGUUGCACAGGAUCCUGCUGCAAGAAACUCAUUCAUGCUGGACCCAACUAGAGACGCGAUGUGUAUAACUGCCACAACAGAUGACACGGAGGAUGGUGUUGCCAAAUCUGACUUGACUUCUCAAUCAGUGGGGGAGAUUCCGGAUUUACCAACGUCAAGCAAUCCAAGGAACCUAGAGAACCAAACUACAAGACUUGUUGAUGAACAAAAGAUGCAGUGCCCACUUACCCCUGAAGAAAAUCAGGAUCUUACUAAUAAGGACGAUUUUGGCUUGUCGAUAUUCAAGGAAGAUCAUGAUGUUAGACAGUUCCAUAAAGGUCAGCAAAAGCAGAACAUUGCAGAUGAAAACACCUCAGGCAUUGACACCUUCAACUCAGCUGACCCGUCUCAGCAGCACCCCCUGUCUGUAGCAUCUGGCUCAUCAACCGAUUUCAACCUUGAGCCUGUUGCAUCACCUCAUCCUCAAACAAAAGCCCCUGACGUGGAUUCUUCACUUGGGGACUCCAUCCAGCCUGGACCACAGCCCUCAAUGGGACAGUUUCCACUAGAGCACAUUCAGAGGAUCCAGGCAUUGGGGUUCUCUGUCAACGAGGCUGCAGAGGCACUGGAACAGGCUCAAGGCAGCGUGGAGAUUGCCUUACUGAUGCUGCUAGCAAGAAAGAUCACUGUGCCCACCUAGACUCACAAUCAACUGGUGGUGGCAUCAGUUAACAUAUGAGCCUUUUUCAUCAUGUGGUUUCCUUUAGCGGUCCUCGUUGUUUUGUACUUGAUGGUCUUAUUGUGGCUCUUUGCCAACAACAUGCAUCGAUUUUUCGAGAAGCUGGCCAUAUUUCCCUUUUAAUGGAACGCUGUCUUUUUUAAGAGGUUUGCAUGUUGACUCAAAAGUUCCUCAUUGAUUUUCGCUUUAUUGGUUUGAAUUGAAUCAAUGUGAUACACUGUCAGACAUUUAACAGGAAUAGAAAUAGUUUACUUCAACCUCAUUCAUACAACAACUGCAUGGUUUUUAGAUGUGACCUUGAACGGAAAACUCAAGAUCAAGAUACGAGCUGUUGGUAAACUGCUAGAACAUCCAUUACAGAGUCAUAAUUUCAAUUGGCAAUAAUCUGAGGUCUUUUCUCUUGAAUUGUUAUUUUAUUUGAUGGUUGCCAAUCCUGUAUAACUUGACACGUUUUCAAUAGGUUGCCUUUGAAAAUUAUUAAAGUGUAGACUUUACCGUAACUUUUGUAUGUGUUCGUAAUCCAUCUUUGACAUAUAGUUGUGAUUUGUGUACUGACAUAUGAGAACAGCUGAGUGUGAAGGUAUGAGAACACUUUGGAGCGCUUUUAUCAUCUGUUGCGUAUCUUUUAAUCAGAUUCUUGAUUUAGUGGUAGUGUUUUAUAUUGUGUUUUUGAGAGAAUUAAAAGAUAAGUUGAUGGCGACAACCAGUCUAUGGAAAGAUUUAUUUGUUUAUCUGCCCUCAAGAGCAGCUACCACUACAUUUUGUUGGGUUGUCUGUUAUCUCUUAUUUGUUGUCCUUUGUCUAGACUGUUUCGAUUUUAGCAAAACCCUGACAUGCCCUUUUCAGCAGUCUGUACUGUUUUGUCAUGUCUACAUGUAAUUUUUUUACUGUAAUCUCUGAGUCAUAUAUCAAUUGAGUUCAAUCUAUUUGAAAACUAUUACAUCUUGUAUACAGUUUAAAAACCAAAUAAAAUAAAAAAGUGAUUCUUUAUA